CAAACGCGCAUUUGUUAUUGUUGGUUAUCAUUUUGCAUUCGAACGAGUUCAAAGUUCUUGAAUUUGUAAAAUGAAAGUGCAAGAUCUGGAUAAAUGUGCUCCCAGCAGUGACUGGAAUGUGCUCUACUGGGUGUUGGGGACCAUCCUGAUGCCAGUGGCUCUUCCCUUGGCACUGAUCAAUAUAUGGCAGCGAUUCCGGGCCCAGAAAUACCGUAAUCAAUUGCCCGGCAAGGUGGUGCUUAUUACUGGCGCUAGUUCCGGACUAGGUGAAUCUUUGGCCCAUGUCUUCUACCGAGCUGGAUGCAAGGUGAUUUUGGCAGCACGCCGCACUCAGGAAUUGGAGCGGGUUAAAAAGGACCUCUUGGCAUUAGAUGUGGAUCCCGCUUAUCCACCCACUGUGCUGACACUCGAUCUUGCUGAACUUAAUUCCAUUCCAGAGUUUGUCACUCGGGUAUUGUCUGUUUAUAACCAAGUAGACAUUCUUAUAAACAACGGUGGAAUCAGUGUCCGAGCAGAUGUUGCCUCCACCGCCGUGGAUGUGGAUCUUAAAGUGAUGGUGGUCAACUAUUUUGGGAGUGUUGCCCUAACCAAAGCCCUCCUUCCUUCGAUGGUAAAACGUGGAAGUGGUCACAUCUGCUUUAUUAGUUCGGUCCAGGGAAAAUUCGCCAUUCCCCAGAGAGCUGCUUAUUCCGCCUCGAAGCAUGCCCUGCAAGCUUUUGCCGAUUCCCUCCGUGCCGAGGUGGCCAACAAGAAUAUAAACGUGUCUUGUGUUAGCCCUGGCUAUAUACGCACCCAGCUUUCAUUGAAUGCUCUUACAGGCUCUGGCAGCAGUUAUGGAAAAAUGGAUGAAACCACAGCUAAGGGAAUGUCGCCAGAAAAACUGGCGGAACGGAUUCUGCAAUGCAUUCUCCGCAAGGAGCCGGACAUCAUUGUAAGCGAUGUUCAAGCAAAGAUUGCUUAUUACCUGCGACACCUGUGCCCCACCUUGUACUUUUGGAUAAUGUCCAAAAGAGCAUUAAAACUUGAGAGGGCUGAAAAGAAAUCCGAUUAGAGUAAUGAGGGUUACGUCGAGCGAACUUAAGUAUUAGUUUCGUUUUUAUUGUUAAUUGAAUUUUGCUUAAAAUGAGGAAAUUAUAAAGUAUCGCGUAUGUGUGUCUGUGUCGGGUUUACAAAUUAGUUACACUCGUGUUAUUGCCUAACGAUAAGAUUAAUAAAUUAAAUAUUGUAGUAAUCGUAACAUAAAUAAACUGAAAUGUCACACAUGUGCUUGUUGUUCUCUAAUG